AGCAGACGACGGCAGCUGCGGCUUUCGAGGCCCCGACUGACGCGCAUUCUGUGCGGCUCUUCAAGUCGCGUUCGCGUGUCGUCUCCCAGCUUGUUCGUCUUCGUACUUGUCCCCCGGUGUUUCGUCCCCGCUUAGGAUGUGACCCGUCCACACCGCAAACAAAAAAAAAGAAGCUCCGAUCGGCUGCGAAUCUCCCUUUGCCAUGGCGUUCGAUCUCCAAGAACUGUUACUUAGCCUUCUGUUCCACCGUGUUUCUUGACCAGCUGCUGACGUGCCGUCCGUCUUGGCGGAUUCGCAGGCCGCCCUAGUUGCGGUUGUGUUUGUUCUCUCGGUGAAGUGAGCGGGGUCCCGGUCGCGUUCUCUUCGGACGUGACACUUCCCGCCUCCUGGUUGCCGUCGUGGCGAUCGAGGUGCUUCUGCUGGAGGGCUGUCCCCGUUCCACGGGCGCGCUGGACGGCACGCUGGAGAUCGGCGAAGUGGCGGACACGGAGCGCUUGGUGCUGACCCGUGCCGACCAGGCGAGGAUGCGCAAGCCCCACUCUGCGGCCCACUACAAGGAGCUGAUGGGCCUCCGGCGGAGCAACUUUCUGCUGCUCCUGCUGCUCAUGAUGGAGCUCAGCUACCUCUGCUUCGGCGCAUUCAUGUUCUGCAGCUUCGAGCGGCCAGGAGAACUGGAGCGGCGACUCCACCUCAAGAUGUUCAGAGCCGCCUUUCUCAAGAACUUCACCUGUCUCACCGACGAGGCCCUGGAGAGGUUCAUCGUGGAGAUCGUGCGCGCUCACGAGAGCCGGGUGUCACCGGUGAGAAACGUCACGUCGGACCCGAACUGGAGCUUCGGGCACUCCUUCUUCUUCUCCAGCACCAUCAUCACCACCAUCGGCUACGGCAACAUCACCCCGCUGUCGACAGGCGGCAAGAUCUUCUGCAUCGUGUACGGCCUGAUCGGCAUCCCCCUGACGCUCAUUCUGCUGUCGGCCUUCGUAGAGCGCCUCCUCAUCCCGGUCACCUGCAUUCUGCAGUUCCUCAACUCCAAGCUGGGCCACCUCUACCAGGCCUUCAACAUCCGCGUCCUACACCUCUUCAUCGUGGGGCUGCUGGUGGUGGUGCUGUUCUUCCUGGUCCCGGCGGCCAUCUUCUCCUCCCUGGAGCCUGAGUGGGACUAUGUGGACUCGCUGUACUACUGCUUCAUCUCGCUCACCACCAUCGGCCUCGGCGACUACACGCCGGGCGACAGCUACGACCAGCCCUACAGGCCCCUCUACAAGGUGGCCGUCGUCGGCUACCUGCUGGUAGGGCUGACGUUCAUGAUGCUCCUGCUCAACGUGCUGUACGACAUACCCCAGCUCAACGUGGGCAUCUUCUUCCUGCUCAAGAGCGACGAGAUGACCAAUGACCCAGAGAAAGUGCGCCUGCACCACGGCCUCGGCCCCAAGUACACCCAGCAGAUUGACGACCCCCCUCAGCCAGCCAUCCGUCACAUCAAGGCUCACCCCCCGCCCCCCUCCUCCUCCCCCGAGGACAUACCCUAAGUAUUCCCCGUGAGAAGCGUACUUCCCGCCACCUAGAGCCACCUAGUGUUCUCCAAGUGCCGGAUUCCGUGGCACGUGCCGGAGCUACGGGCCCAACUCGCCAACUCGCCUCACCAAAUCGGGCUGCUGUUGAUACUCGCGGCAGAGUUAUUUGGACCAAGAUACUGCCGCACAAAAGCCAAACCAACCUGGCCUUCUUGCCUUCCACACUUUCGCUGACGUAAACGUGGUGGCACUCCGGAAGAGGCGCUUCAAAAUUGCUGUUUGAGUUAAAUAGUGGCGCUACAUCAAUCAUAGUCAUUGCAGCGCAAGGGGGCGCAACACCGCUUGGAUUCUCAUAGCACCACGAAGACAGUGCCCGGUAUGCCACAGCAUGGCUUGAACCCCCAUUCGUGCACUCCUAGCCCAUAAUGCUACAUUUUGGCAUGAAACAGAUUCUCGGUUAUUCUCCCACGUCUCUUCGCACCACUGCCUUCGAUCACUUCGUUGGCACACUUCUAGCCUUUGAGAAUGAAGGAAUGUCGUAACGCAAGACAGAGGCUCGUACGGGAUUCGUGCCAAAAGGUUGCAAGCAGCUAUUGAAGCACAUUGCAAACUCGAUGGCAAUGCCAUGGAACACCGGCGAGCAACCGCUCGGAAGUCGGUGCUCCAUGAACAUCCGGGACUCUGAUGGCCCACGGUAGCUGCCAUACGGUGGAUCCCCCAGGUCACCUCCCUUUCCUCGUGUCCCAUGCCAUGGACGUCCUCUCCUCUUCCCGAACUUGAUUUAGAUGCAGGGCCGAGAUUCCGGCAUUCUCCUGGAAGCGUCCUGACCGGUACCUCAGUGCCGCACCACACGUCUGAGCAGCGCAGCGUGCACACGUCUUUCUGCUCUCGACGAGAGCACAGUGCUCCCCGAGAGCUCCAGUGAAAGAUAACCCACGCCACAGACUAGGCCAGCUGGAACAGGGUUCCGCGUGAAACUACCCCAAUUCCACAAUCCUACAAUGACACGACGUGAUCUGACACGAACCAACGCCGACGGUCUGGGACCGGAAAACUCGAGAAUCUUUUUGUGUGUGUGUGUGUGUGUGUGUGCAGUGUAUCUUUUUCUUUUCUCAUCUCCCCUUUGCAGUGUAACUGCUUUUAAAAAUGCAUGUUUGCACGACGCUAUAUCUCGAGAGAGCCCAGGGCGGCGAAAGCUGUAACGCAGUGUUGUUUGUUUUUGUGUCGUUCUUAGUCACAUAAGCCUCUGUCUCAUUCUCUGUGUUCUUGCUUCUCAAUGUCCUAGAUGUCACGGCAAUCUGUGAUUUUGACACGCUAUACCUGCUACACACACGUGCAAUUUCAGAGAUUCCACCCCAAUCCUGCUUCCAGAAACUGUGACACGAGUGUUUUUUCGCCUUGUUCUCGGAGGAUUCAUCUGAAACAGUCCGAGGUCGAACUGCAACGAGCGUUCCGACAAAAUUUUUAAAAGAUGGUGUUCAUUGCCAGAUGGAAGUUUAGACACUUUUUUUUUUUUACAUUGAGAGUUUAGCUUUUUACUGAAAACCUAAACAAUGUAGUAUCUGGUCCUGCAGGAUUUGAGUACCGCUUUUACCUAAACCGCAAGAGCCAUCCUAUGGAGUCCCUUGCCCGUUUUGCGAGUGCCGUUGAGCAGCAUUGUCUUUCCACUACGAAGCAACUUGGGUCGAGCUUCGUCAGCCUUUUUAUGCACUGAACCGUCGUAAAAAUCUGCUAUGCGGCAACAACUCUUCCGAGCAGUUGUUCGCGCCUUCUGACAUUAUUUUCCGACGGGGCGUUAUAUUUAUUUUUCAAUGCCUUCCACGGGGCAUUUGUGACUGUUACACUUCUCCACAAACUGGUUAUGUCACCUACUCAAAUACGAGUCUUUUGGUGCGACUUGUACACUGGUACGGCCACAUUUGGAUUUUUAAAACCGAGACAACUCACCAAUUGUACUUCACGUUUGACAUUUUAUGCAAAUUCUGCGCUCAGUUUACAAGAGCACAUCACAGCGAGUCAUUUGGUGUCAAUUUUGCUAAAAAAAAACCAUAUCAUGUCCUGUGAUAGUCUAUAAACUCUCUUGCCUGUUCUGUAAAUAUGUUGUUGUAUAUUGUUGAAACGAGACGAAUUUAUCUUGCGUAGUACCUUCUGAAUGUGCUGCAUGUAGUCUAUUACCAUUGCUUUUUCCAAUGUCUAAAAGCUCUAAAAAUAAAAGCAAGCAAGAAUAUCCUCUGGCUGUUCGAUAGGAAAGGGGCAACAAGCAAAGAACAACACUGGAUCCACUGCCUCCCGCUCUCAAGUUUUGCUGCUUUAGCACUUGGGUGUGUUCACGCUACUUGUUGUUGCCGCAGUGUGCCAAACACGUCUUUUGCUUGGGCCUCAGAGAGUCACUGCAUGAAGCGACAGAGGAGCCGUCUCGACUCGAAUCGGCAAAAAAAAACAGACUAUAACGAGCCCGACAUCUGACGUUCAUCGACACUCCAUGUGAUACUAUAUAUAUAUAUUGUGUAUAAAUGAGUCUAUCUGUACAUGUAUAUAUCUACUUGGUGGUUGUGUUUGUUUUUGCAAUGGUUGAAAGCAAAACUGAUGACCAAACAUACUCCUCACAUCUAGGACUCGGUAAUUGUUAUGGAAUUAAAUAUGGAAAGAAAGCCGAAUAAAUGAUGAAACGUU